AGUAAAAGCUCUGCAAGUCUGCAAUAAAAAUGGCCUCCAAUAAAACUACAUUGAAAUCCAAACCAUUUAUCUUUAAGUGACAAGAAUUAGUGAAGCCGAAAAGAGUACCAGAAAACAAUCUUCCACUGAAUCAAAGAAUUUUAGUUCAACGGAGAACAAAGAUGGAGAUGUUCCCCACUUGUAGCCUGCUUGCCUCAUCACCACACAAAAUGGGAAAGAAACAGAACGGCAAAGGUAAAAAAGUUGAAGAGGCAGAGCCUGAAGAAUUUGUUGUGGAGAAAGUCCUGGACAGACGUGUUGUAAAUGGAAAGGUGGAAUACUACUUGAAGUGGAAAGGAUUUACAGAUGCUGACAACACAUGGGAACCCGAAGAAAACUUAGAUUGUCCAGAGCUAAUCGAAGCUUUUCUGAACUCUCAGAAAGCUGGUAAAGAAAAAAUAGACGGUGCCAAAAGAAAAUCUUUGUCAGAUAGCGAAUCUGAUGAUAGUAAAUCAAAGAAAAAGCGUGAUUCUGUUGAUAAACCAAGAGGGUUUGCAAGGGGUCUUGAUCCUGAGCGGAUAAUUGGGGCUACGGAUAGCAGUGGAGAGCUUAUGUUCCUCAUGAAAUGGAAAGACUCUGAUGAGGCAGAUCUGGUGCUGGCCAAAGAAGCUAACGUGAAGUGUCCUCAGAUUGUAAUUGCUUUUUAUGAAGAGCGACUAACUUGGCAUUCAUGCCCAGAAGAUGAAGCACAAUAAUUGUUUGCAUUGCUUUUUUAUAUAUAUGAAUAUUAAAACCUGAAAUUUGAUUUAUUAGCAAUGUGAGAAGCAUACAUUCUAACAAGAAUCAAAUUUGAUAUUUUUUGAAGUAGUAUGUUUUGCAUCAACAGCAAGUAAAUAAAAGCUUUCUGCAACUUGUUUCAUUUAUCACAAGAGAGCAUUUGAUACUACUACUUCCUCCAUAUUAGGUAAAAGCUUUUAUAAAACAUUCAUAAACUUCCAUAGUUAUUACAGAAUCAUAAUGAAUGUCUAAACAAACUCACAGAUGUUUUGUAGUCUUCUAUACUAUUGAUGUGCAUGUAUCUUCUUUACCCAAACCUAGCCCUUUAAACCUGUAGAAUCAUUCUUUUUAGUAUUUGGGAUCACUUGGUCCCAAGAAGACCAGGUGAAAACUAACUUUGUAGUAAUUUGAAUGUUAUCAGACUGUAUAUUGUUUACUUUAUUGUAAAUACUGGUGAACAGUGGUCAAUAAAAUAGUUUUAUAUUCUUCCUUUAUA